UCGAUCUCAUCUGUAAUUCUGCUGCAACAGCAAAGGAAAACUGCAAUGACAGAACAGACCAACUGAGGAAACACGAGACACUGAUGAGUGACACUCACCCCGGGAUUGUGUUUGUUUUCAUUUGAAUCUUAAUAAACGUAAAUUUUUUGACUACUGCGCUAAAUGUUGAUGAUGGUGACCACGCAACUCGGUGAUCCUAAGGAGGUGUUGUGUCUAUGCUUGACUAAACGGAGCUGCAUGAGUGAGCUGGUGUCAGGAGGGUGGAGGCUUUCUGCUGGACCUGCAGGUUUACCCUCAUCCUCUGUUGCUGCUGCGUCAAAUGAUGCACCGCGGCGCACUGGCUAUAAAAGCACCUGUCCUGGCCAGGCAUCACUCGCAUCUCACUUUCUCUUCCUCUCGCGCACUCACCAUCACACACUCCUGAACUCCACACACACAUACUCGUUUCUCUCUCCUGUAAAGCUGAGGCCGGACUCCCCUGGGUGAAGGAACCAUGAGUUACUCCAGCGACAUCUACAGCAGCAGCUCCUAUCGGAAGAUUUUUGGAGAUGCCCCCCGGUCCGGACGCGUGGGUCUGAGCAGCAGCAGCAGCCCGUCCCGCCCGCAUUCCACGGUGUACCGCAGCAGCCACCGCACCUAUGGGUCCCCCUCCGUGGUCUCCUCCACCACCUACCGCCGGACGGCGGCACCCGGUCGAGUCUUCUCCAUCCCGGACUCCGCCAUGGACCUGACCCAGUCCACCGCCGUCACCAAUGAGCUCAAAAUCAUCCGGACCAACGAGAAGGAGCAACUUCAGGGCCUCAACGACCGCUUUGUGUCCUUCAUCGAGAAAGUUCAUAAUCUGGAGCAGCAGAACAAAGUUCUGGAAGCCGAGGUCACGCUGCUGCGCCAGCGCAACAGUGAGCCCUCGCGCCUGCACGAGCUGUACGAGCAGGAGAUCCGCGAGCUGCGGGCACGCGUGGAAGAGCUGACACACGAGAAGAGCCAGAUGCACAUGGACUGUGUCCAGAUGAACGACACGCUGGAGCGCGUGAGGGAGAAGCUGGAGGAGGAGAGCCGGCUGCGGGAGGAGGCGGAGAACGCCCUGAAGGGCUACCGUAAGGACGUGGACGACGCCACGCUCGCGCGCCUGGAGCUGGAGAAGAAAGUGGAGUCACUGCUGGACGAGAUCGCCUUCCUCAGGAAAGUUCAUGAGGAGGAAGUGCAGGAGCUGCAGGCGUCCCUGCAGGCCACGCAGGUUUCUGUGGAGAUGGACAUGAGCAAACCAGACCUGGCUGCAGCCCUGAAGGACAUCCGAGCCCAGUAUGAGAACCUGUCAGCCAGGAACCAGGCGCAGGCAGAGGACUGGUACCGCUCCAAGUUUGCCACCGUGACCGAGGCUGCUGCACGCAACCAGGAUGCCAUCAAGCACUCAAAGGAGGAGCUGAGCGAGUACCGCAGGCAGGUGCAGGCCCGGACUCUGGAGAUUGAGGCCCUCAGGAGCCACAAUGAAGCCCUGGAGAGGCAGAUUGCUGAGAUGGAAGAUCGCCACAACAAUGAGAUUGGAGAAAUGCAAGAUACUAUUCAGCAGCUGGAGGCCGCGCUGCACAGCACCAAGGGAGAGAUGAGUCGUCACCUGCGUGAAUACCAAGACCUGCUGAAUGUCAAGAUGGCUCUGGACAUCGAGAUCGCCGCCUACAGGAAGCUGUUGGAAGGCGAGGAGUGCCGUCUCAGCUCUGUGGGCGGAGUCAUGGUCCAGUCCGGCUAUCCGGGCCUGUCCUACACAUCAGCACGCACCUACUCCCUCGGAGCUUACAGGAGGCCCAAGCCUGACGAGGAGGAAGAGGAGGCAAGAGAGGAGGAAGAGAAGGAGGAAGAAGAAGAAGAGGAGGGAGAAGAGGAGGGUGAAGAGGAGCAGGAGGAAGGUGAAGGUGAUGGAGAAGAGGAGGAGGUGGGAGAAGAAGAUGAAGAAGAAGAAGAAGAGGAGGAGGAGAAGCCAAAGGAAAAGGAGGACAAGGGGAAAGCGAAGGAGAGCUCUAAUGGGAAGAACAAGAGCUAAACAGCUUGUGUCGUCAUCAGUAUGUCAUUCCACAUCCCACCUGUCUCUCACGGGUCUGGUUCCUGUUCACCACAUCUGUGUCUCACACUCACAAACACACCUGUGCACUCCAGAUGCCUCACGCCUUCUGUGUUUUUCCUGUUUGCUGUUCGCUCUGCAAAUCAGAUGUUAUUAGUUCAGAUGAAGAAGUGGCUUUAGAAUGGGAAAGUGGUCCCCAGCAACAGUAGAGUUCAGAUCUUCACCAAACUCAGCAGACAGUCACGAUGGUGAUUUUUCAUCUCAGAGCAGAGAGCCAGACGAGAGCAAAGCUUCCUGUCAACAGUAAAUGUGCCAUUAACGAUCCAUUUUCACACUAAGAGCAAUCACAACUUGAACAUAACUAAUAUCAGCACACAGACUUAGAAAAAUAACGCACAGACCUGGGAGCACGAGUAACAGCUAGUCCCACUUUUAUGGUGCUAUUUGAUUUUUACAUAUAAAAGUUGGGGAGGAUGAAAAAAGAUGUGAACUGUAAUUCUAACACCAUCGUUCUCCCGGCAGGUCACUCGUCUCCGACCACUUUCUUUUGUUUAAUUGCAGCACUUAAUGGGAGAGAAAAUGAAAAAAACUAAUAUCUGUGUGCAAACAUAAAUGAAGUGUUUUUCAGCUGUUGGGAUGGAGACGAGCUGUCUCUCCUUUAUGUAGAAAUGCAUCUUUGUGACUGAAAACUGUAGAGUGGUAGUUACUGCUAUGUGUAAUUUUGGGGGAAAUAUAACCAAUCCCUUGAUUCUGUUGAUUCAUUUGUCAAAGAACUUCCAUGCACCUUAUUUAUUUUGAGAAACCUCGUUUAUUUACUUUCUCUCUCAUUCAACGCCGUGGUCUCUUAAUGAAUUUAGAUGUAGAGGAGGUGAUGGUCAGACAGCUGAUGGGUUAUAAUGAGUUGUAACUAAGGGCUAUAUUCUCCGUUCCCAUCCACCACGUUUCUCUCAGAUGCUUUAACUCCUGCGAUUCUUCAUCUGUCCUUCUCCGUCUUGUACAUUUUUUUGACAAAUGAAUCAAGCGACAGGUUUGAAUGCAUGGCCUGACAUCUGGAGCUUGAAUAUUUGCUGGAUGAGAUACUUUUGCUUGUUGUGUGCUCAAAUAAAAUCAAAACAAACAAAAAAAACUUGCCUUAACCAUGAAUGAAAGUUAAAAUAAGACAUGUUUCCACCCACAUCUCACUUCCUCCUGGUUAGAUGGAGGAGUCCUGACACUUUCCAGAGUUUUCUGCAAUACGACUGUGACUGUACAUGCUGCUGUUUCAUGGAGUGAUGUUCCUCUCAAAGCCAAAUAAAGACAUUUAUUAAACAAAAAUAAAAA